AUUACCAGCAAGCAGCAAGAACUAAGAACUAAGAAGAUAAGAACAAACCUGUGAAGAAGAUACUUUUCUGGUUAGGGUUUUUGGGUAUAUUCUUUCUCUCUCUAAAAAUGGCAGCUUUUUUCUCUCUCUACCCUUUCAAUACCAUCCCUCAUCACUCUCACUCUGCUUCUUCUUCUUCUUCUUCUUUGGGUGUCUAUGGGUCGCACUUGACCGUACAGCCUCUAUCAAAUUUGGCCUUACAGUCCCACUCUCAGAGGUUCGUGGUGCUAUCGACGCACUCGAACCAUAAGAUUCUCAAGCCCAACCGGAGGUCGCGGUACGGCCAGGCGCUCUCGCCAUUUGAUAGCGAUGACGAGGAAGUUGAUGAUGUGGACGGAGAAGAUGAUGAUGACGUGGCGGAGGAUGAUAGUUCUUCGCCCAAUGAUGACUUUGCCGAAACGGCAGACUUUGAAGUUAAUGGAAAGCAAUUUAAGUCCCAGAACAGACAUAAAACAAGAAAAGAUGAUCAGAGACAACCAGAAAAAGGCUGGGGCAUCAGAUCAUCCAAGUUUGGACGAACCCUCAAAGUUGACGAAGACCAAGUAGAUGUGAGAAAUGGAAAGAACAUUCUAGGGACGAGUAGCUUUGGAAAUUCUUAUCAUAUUUCCAACAAAAUGGAGAAAGUCAGAUCCUUAGAUAUGAAUGGCGGAGGAAAGCUGAUGACAAGGAAAUCUAUGGAGAAAAAAUAUCCUCAGCUAUUUGAAGAAAUAGAUUUGGAUAUGAAAUGGCUCCCCCUUCUUGAUUACUUGAGCACGUAUGGGCUUAAGGAAUCACAUUUUAUUCAAAUGUAUGAGAGGCACAUGCCUUCCCUUCAAAUAAAUGUAUGUUCUGCACAAGAAAGGUUGGACUACUUGUUGAGUGUUGGGGUCAAAGAAACAGACGUGAGAAGAAUACUUUUGAGGCAGCCACAGAUUUUAGAGUACACAGUGGAGAAAAAUUUGAAAUCCCACGUUGCUUUCUUGAUGGGUUUAGGUAUUCCAAGUUCCAGAGUGGGGCAGAUAAUUGCAGCUGCUCCAUCCCUGUUUUCUUAUAGUGUUGAGAAUUCAUUGAAACCCACAGUUAGAUACUUGGUUGAGGAGGUCGGCAUUAAGGAAAAAGAUUUAGGUAAAGUCAUACAGCUUAGCCCCCAAAUACUGGUUCAGCGCAUUGACAUAUCGUGGAAUACUCGUUAUGUUUUUCUGUCAAAGGAAUUGGGAGCAUCAAGAGAUAGUGUAGUUAAGAUGGUGAGAAAACAUCCCCAGCUCCUACAUUACAGUAUCGAUGAUGGAUUGCUGCCUAGGAUCAAUUUCCUGAGGGGUAUUGGGAUGCAUAAUUCUGACAUCUUGAAAGUCUUAACCAGCCUUACACAGGUUUUAUCUUUGUCACUGGAGGAGAAUCUGAAGCCUAAGUACACGUACUUGAUCAAUGAACUUCAUAAUGAGGUUCAUUCCUUGACAAAAUAUCCUAUGUACUUAAGUUUAUCUUUGGAUCAGAGAAUUCGUCCUCGCCAUAGGUUCUUGGUUUCCCUAAAAAAAGCUCCAAAGGGGCCGUUUCCUCUUAGUUCACUGGUUCCAACUGACGAAUGCUUUUGUCAGCAGUGGGCUGGAACCAGUUUAGAUAAAUAUUUGGCGUUUCGGCAGACACUACUACUCAAGGAGUUUGCAAAGAAAUAUGGAAAGAAAGGAAAACACACUGCCCUCUAGUGUGCCUUAGGCUUAUGAUACAAGUAAUGGAAGAGCAGUCUCUUAAUUAACUUCAGCAACCAAAAACUUGUUUUGUUAAAUGUUAGUGAGUUUUUUGGUUGAUGCUCUGUACAUUUGAUCUAUAUAAGCUUCUAGUAAGCAAAUGCUAUGCCAUGGUUUCAUGACACGGUAUAAGUGCUGUAAUCUGUGGCGAAGCUGCUCUAGUUGCACACAAAGUCGAUGCAACAUUUUCAGCUGAAGGCCUGCUGAGGGUUAUUUUCAAAGUUCUGGUGAUCUAGAGGCCAAAUGACAUAAUGGCAAGUUUGUUACCUUAAGGUAAGUUGUUAAUCCUUGAACAAUACAGUAAAUGGAAAUAGAAGUUGCAUACAAGAGAAUGCAGUUUACAAGGGACAGAGUGGAUAUAUGCUGGAGUUGGAUCUGCCAUGGAAAGCUCCCAUGUAUGAAGUUUCUCACUGUAAAAGAUUUAUAUGAAUAUUAGAUUAAAUGAUUGCAACAUUUUGCGUUUCUGCCUUUGUGCCAUUAAAUGCCCUUCAAUUUUGGAGUAGGAUAAUACAUUUUCUUUCAUUA